AUGUAUCUUUCUGUUUUCUUUUUCCUCCUCCUAUGGGCUCAAGCCCUGACGUUGAAAAACUUGAACUAUUCCGUCCCGGAGGAGCAAGGACCGGGGACGGUGAUCGGAAACAUUGCCAAAGAUGCUCGGCUCGGGCUGGAGCAGACGGGGCCGGGGAUGCAGGGUAAGAAAGCCAACUUCAGGGUGCUGGAGAAUUCAGCGCCCCAUCUUAUCGACGUGGACCCACAGAGUGGCCUGCUGUACACCAAGCAGCGCAUCGACAGGGAAACACUGUGCCGGAGAAACCCCAAGUGCCAGCUCUCCAUGGAGGUGUUUGCGAACGACAAGGAGAUCUGCAUGAUCAAAAUAGACAUCCAGGACAUCAAUGACAAUUCGCCCACUUUCCCCUCAGACCAGAUUGAUAUUGACAUUUCGGAGAACGCGGCCCCGGGCACGCGCUUUCCCUUGACCAGUGCACACGACCCGGAUGCAGGGGAAAACGGCCUGAAAACCUAUCAGAUAACGCGAGACGACUACAACCUGUUUUCCUUGGAGGUAAAAUCCCGCGGGGACGGGACUAAAUUUCCAGAAUUAGUUAUUCAACGCCCGUUGGACCGAGAGGAACGUAGCCAUCACACUCUCAUUCUGUCAGCCACUGACGGCGGGGAGUACCCGAGAUCAGGGACAAUGCAGAUCAAUGUUAAAGUCAUUGACUCCAAUGAUAACAGCCCUGUGUUUGAUCAGCCUUCAUAUGUGGUGGAAAUCCCUGAAAAUUCCCCCCCUGGUAAAGUGCUUAUUGAUUUAAAUGCCACCGAUCCCGACGAAGGCAACAAUGGACAGGUAGUGUAUUCUUUUAGCGGCUAUGCUCCAGAGAGGAUCCGGGAGCUCUUCUCCAUAGACUCCAGAACAGGGGUCAUAAAGAUUCAGGGAGAAAUCGACUAUGAAGAGAGCCCAAUUAUUGAGAUUGACGUCCAGGCAAAGGAUCUAGGCCCCAACCCAAUUCCCGGCCAUUGUAAAGUCACCGUUAAAGUACUUGACAGGAACGAUAACUGGCCGUUGAUCGGCUUUGUGUCCGUGAGACAGGGGGCCAUCAGCGAGGCAGCACCCCCAGGCACUGUCAUUGCUCUGGUCCGUGCCACAGACAAGGACUCAGGCAGGAAUGGGCAGCUUCAGUGCAGAGUGCUGGGCAAUGUCCCUUUUAAACUAGAGGAGAACUAUGAUAACUUUUAUACAGUGGUAACUGACAGGCCCCUAGACAGAGAGAUGCAGGACGAAUACAAUGUCACCAUUGUGGCCAAAGACAAUGGCCUACCGCCUCUAAACUCCACCAAAUCCUUCACUGUAAAGAUUCUAGAUGAGAAUGACAACGUUCCUCGUUUCACCAAGCCCGUGUAUGUCCUUCAGAUUCCAGAAAACAACAUCCCCGGGGAGUAUAUGGGCUCAGUUCUGGCUCACGACCCCGACCUAGGUCAGAACGGCACAGUAUACUACAGCAUAAUCAACUCCAACGUGAGUGGGGGGGACGUCAACACCUAUGUCAACGUCAAUGCUGCCAACGGAGCCAUCUAUGCUGUGAGAUCCUUCAACUAUGAGCAAAUAAAGUACUUUGACUUCAAGGUCCUGGCGAAAGACGCUGGCUCUCCUCACCUGGAGAGCAACACUACUGUACGCAUUAGUGUUCUGGAUGUAAACGACAACAUCCCUGUCAUCGUUCUCCCCCUGCUCCAGAACGACACUGCCGAAAUCCACGUGCCACGUAACGUUGGGGUCGGCUACAUUGUUACCACAGUGAGGGCGGUGGAUAAUGAUUAUGGUGAGAGUGGGAGGCUCACUUAUGAGAUCUCAGAUGGCAACGAGGAGCACCUUUUUGAGAUUGACCCGGUGACCGGGGAGGUGCGAACAGCCCACCCUUUCUGGGAGGAUGUAAGCCCCAUCGUGGAAUUGAUCAUCCGUGUAAUGGACCAUGGCAAGCCAACACUCACUGCCGCAGCCAGGCUCAUCAUAAAGGCCUACAAUGGACCAGUACCUGGUGGAGAGCCACGCAUCAAUGAGGAAAACCGAAACUGGGACAUGUCCCUACCUCUCAUAGUUACUCUCAGUAUAAUCUCCAUUAUGCUUUUGGCCGCCAUGGUGACCAUAGCGGUCAAGUGCAAACGGGAAAACAAGGAGAUCCGCACCUACAAUUGCCGAAUUGCCGAAUAUUCGCACCCACAACUGGGGAAAGGUAAGAAGAAAAAGAUCAACAAGAACGACAUCAUGCUGGUGCAGAGCGAGGUGGAGGAGAGGGAUGCCAUGAACGUGAUGAAUGUGGUGAGCAGCCCCUCCCUGGCCACCUCUCCCAUGUACUUUGACUACCAAACACGCCUUCCACUCAGUUCUCCGAGGUCGGAGGUCAUGUACCUCAAGCCCACUGCCAACAACCUCAGCGUGCCCCAAGGUCACGUGGGAUGCCACACCAGCUUUACCAGCCCGGUUACCAGCACCACUGACACGUCCACCAACCGGAUGUCCAUCAUACAGACGGACAAUUUCCCCACUGAGCCAAACUACAUGGGGAGCAGACAGCAGUUUGUACAAAGUAGUUCGACGUUUAAGGACCCUGAGCGAGCCAGCCUCAGAGAUAGCGGUCAUGGUGACAGUGACCAAGCCGACAGUGACCAGGACACCAACAAAGGCUCCUGCUGUGAUAUGUCUGCCAAGGAGGCCCUCAAGAUGAAGGCCACUGGUGUGAAACCGCCGCCUUUGGAGCAGGAGCCGGCGGACUGUGUGAACUGCACGGAGGAGUGCCGAGUGCUGGGUCAUUCCGACCGCUGCUGGAUGCCCCAGUUCCCAGCAGGGGGUAACCAAGCCGAGGGCGUGGACUACCGCAACAACCUAUUCGUGCCUGCGGGGAUGGAGGCCGUGCCGGAGACAGAGACUUACGAGACCGUCAACCCCAACGGCAAGAAGACCUUCUGCACCUUCGGCAAGGACCGCCGCGAUCACACCAUUCUGGUUGCCAACGUGAAGCCCUACUUGAAGGCCAAGCGCGCCCUCAGCCCCCUGCUUCAAGAGGUAUCGUCCGGCUCCAGCACCCUGACCAAGGGAUGCUCCACCGGCUCUCCCUGCUCCUCGGUCAAAAGCCCCGCGGACGGGGCCGAGGGCAAGCCUCCACCCGCCACCUGUUCGAGCCACUACGGUCCCCCGGACGGCCAGUACCUGUCACCCACCAAACAAAGCAGGGAGCAGGGUGUCUACCAUCCACUGCCUCCACUGGACCCUGUGGCCAAGGUGCUCGCUGAGGCGCGCUCCAGGAUCAGCCAGGAGGCCGUGGGUUCGGGGGAAAUGGAGCGGGUCCUGGAGCAAGCAGACGCCGAGGCCGGCCGCGACGGCAUGGACGCCGACCAGGUGGUGAGAGACAUCGAUAAGCUCCUGCAGGACUGCAGAGGAAGCGAGACCACCGGCACACUCAGGAAGUGACGUGGAGAACUCGA